UUCUACGGCUCCACUACGGAAAUGGAAAUGGAAGAAGAUCAAUCAAUAUCAAGGCCUAAAGAGAUCUCCGAUGAAUCUCUGAAUCCAAUCUCUCAGAAACACGCAGCAAUGCUCCAGCGUCUCUCCAAUCUCCAUCAAUCCCGCCUCCAGGAGUCCAUUUCUCGCAAGACCGAUAACUCUUCUCCUCUUGAAUCCACUAAAUCCUUCUUAGAUCGCUUCUCAGAAGCCAAACGAUCCAUCCAGGACGAUCUGGAUCGUUGUCGUCUCGUUUCAGACCCAGAAUCCAAGGCUCGCUUGAAAUCGGAUCUGGAGAAGGUGUCCGUGUCCAUUGCCGAGAUUGAGAAACUUGUCUCUGAGAACUCCUAUUUCUUGCCUUCUUAUGAGAUUCGUUCUUCUCUUAAAACCAUUUCUGAGCUGAAAGAAAGUCUAGAAAAUGCAAAUUCUAAGUUGUUGCCCAAAAAGAAAUUUGCUUUCAAGAAUAAGGCGACAAAGAGAGAUCAGAACAACGCGACUUCCACAGCUGAAGUUAGGGCUUCUGAGACGAUUUUACCCGAAAAACUGAAUAUUCAAAUUCGGGAUUCUCCUGGUUUUAAGAACAGGGAAAAUGCGGUUUUAGUCAAGCACUUUAGGAGUUCGGAAGAAGGAGACUUCACUCUUUCUGAUCUUAAUUGCUGUGAAGUUCGUCUCACGGGCAGCUUGAGAGCGCUCUUCAUUCAUCGAUUGAGGAGUUGUCGCAUUUUUGUUGGACCUGUUCUGGGUUCGAUUCUCAUUGAGGAAGUUGAGGGUUGCUUAUUUAUGCUGGCUUCUCAUCAGAUAAGGAUUCACCAUGCCAGGAAUACGGACUUUUAUCUUCGUGUUCGUAGUAGGCCGAUAAUUGAGGAUAGUAGUAGUGUGAGAUUUGCGCCAUACCAUCUGUCUUAUGAAGGGCUUGAUAAGGACCUUCAAGAUUCUGGUCUUGAUGGAGAAUAUGGUAAUUGGGCGAAUGUGGAUGACUUCAGAUGGUUGCGAGCUGUGCAGUCCCCAAAUUGGUCCAUUUUACCGGAUGAUGAGAGAGUUAGCAUUGUAAAUAUAUCGAAUGCAGAUACCUGUAGUGAGGAUAGUUAGGAUAUUAUUCGUUUGGUUUUAUCCAACAAAUGCUGAACUGCAUGUUGUAAUGACAAGGUGGAGAAGAACAAGUACUGAACUACACUGUAAUCACAAAGUGGAGAAGCCCAGACUGGGUUUUAGGUAAUUGUCUGCCUUUUAUUUGAACAUUUAAUGAACCAUACAGAUUACAAUGUAACAGUCUUCAGGGUUUUCAUUUUUAGGUGGAUAUUUUGUUUUAACUGCCUAUUAUUAUGGUCCCUGAGUUUUUAAUUAUUGCAUCUUUCUUUCAUAUAUAAUUAUUUAUUAGAUUUUUAUGAAUAGUUCAUGGA